AUGGACCACACUCAAUACUCGUUCAAAAUCCCGCAGGAGAUCUGGGAGCAUGUCAUCGAACUCGUGGACGACGAAUCCGCACUCAAGACUUUCCUGACCGCGUCUCCUCAUCUGCGAGCUCACAUCACUAUUCUCUCCGUCAAGCUCUCGCACCUUGGUCAGCUCGCAGAGCUGGGCCUUCCGAAUGUGAGAGACCUUCGUCUGAGCGGUAGAUCGGGGCUAUGGGGUCUUGGCAGCUUGGAUCGCGUACACAUCGGUGGUGUCGACCGAUGGGCGGCUUUAACAGCGUUUCCCCGCCUUCGCAACCUGCACAUCCAUGAUGAUUCGCUCACCGCGCUCGAAUUCAUUGGACUUCUCAGGCCUCUUCCUCCAAUCUCUUGCAUCGGCUUACACAGCAUAUCAUGGCUCGAUGAUGGGGCAACCGAGCCCCUCGCCCGGUCAUCUGGUCCCCCUGUUGGCCUUCGCUUGACAGAAUUGCGGAUCGAAGAAGGCGACGGGCUCGACACUCUGGAGCAUUUCAUGAGCCUAACUUUCACCGGCGAUGUGAUCCUCGCGCUCGAAAAGUUAUCGUUGGAUGUAGUUCCUACCCAAGCCUGGAUAACCGCGACGAACGCUCUCAUGCAACGCAAUAACAUCCACAGUCUCUGGUUCGGUCGCUUCCAGAAUAUCUCAAGACAUACAAGUUUCCUCGACUUCUCAGGACUGCACGCCCUGCACGACCUUACCGUGGAGCUAUCUUUGCCGAUAAAUUACACCCCGGACCUUCUCCGAAAUCUCUCAAGUUCAGUCGCCACAAUCAAUUCUCUCACCUUAAACCCGUUCGUGAUUGUCCUACGCCUGAUGAAUCGGAUGUUGAUCAACGAUGGACUGAUCGACGAGAUCUUCGGCGAAAUCGGGGCAGCCUUGGCCAAGCCGCCUUUCCGACGACUCACGGAGUUGCGCAUUCAGUUUCCGGACCCCAAGACUAGCUUCAUUCUUCCGGGUCCACGGCCCAACGCAAGCCGUUCGAUUGACAGACACUUCGGAGCGAUCAAAGAGCAAGGCGUCGCGGUGAAGCUGUUCACCGGAAAUUCGCCGGACGUAUCCAGAGCGAGCAGCAUUAUAGGUUGA